AUGACUAUGAACGAGACCAUUCGUAUCAUCGGCAUGCUCAGAGCUUCUGCCGCUCACAACGCUGACCACAACAAGAUCAGCGAGCGUGAAGCGUUCUUCGCCUCAGCCAACGAAUCCGGCAAAAAGCUUAGGACUGCCGCAGCUGCGCGCAAGCCCCUCUCGGUCUUACUCCUUGAAGGCCUCGUCCACGCGACCAAGCACGGUGUGCCUUACCCCAGCAAUCCCCUGACAUACGAGUCCAAGGUCGGAAUUAAUCGCAUAAUCGUCGCUCUCAACAGAGCCAUUCCCCAACUCAAGCUCAUUAGCAGCAAUCUCGGCAUCCCCGUCACAUCUCCUACCAUGGCUGGCCGCUUCCCGGUGCUCAGCACCUCGGACCUCCCCAAGGCGUCGGCUGAAGAGCAGUCCGCUACAGCAUCACCUGCACGCGGCACCGCCAUGCUCAACAACAUCUUCAAGUCGGUGCGAGUUCCCGAGUUCCGCUUCAAGUGGAUGUUUUGGGCAGAGAAGGGUCAGCAGGCCGCACCAAAGGACAAGGUGGCUUCAGAAGAGUACCUUACUCGGCCCAAGCCGCUUGGAGACCAGAUUGUCUCCGUCAAGGAGUUCUACCAGCACUUCAACAACAUACCGGUGGAGAACCUGAAGCUGAGAGACUCGAUACACCUCUUCCACCUGGGCGUGAAGCCGGUAUGGGAAGAUCCACGAAACACGCGCGGCGGCGCAUGGUAUUUCAAGGUCAGCAAGGACCUGGCGGCCCAGUUUUGGCACGAGAUGUGCCUGCUUGCCGUGGGUGACGUCUUGCAGGGGGCCGUCGAGACCAAGCGUGCUUCUUUCAACGACGACAUCUGCGGGAUCUCGUACAGUGUUCGCUGGAAUGCUGUACAGAUUGCCGUGUGGAACCGGGACGCAGAGAACGAGGACGGCCGUCAGAAGCUUCUGGAGGUCAUCCUCGAUAAGCUGUCGGAAGAGCUCCGGCCGAAGAAGGAGGACAGCUAUUGGUACAAGGCGCACAAGGAGCACAAGGGUUUCAUUGAGCAGUAG